AUGAAGCCCAACCCAGCAGGCUCCUCCUCAGAGGCCUGCACAGCUGUAGGCCGGGCACCACAGCAGAAGACUCAGGCCACACACAGGCAGGCCCCUCAGCAGAAGGUUCUGGUGACUGGAGGAGGAGGCUAUCUGGGCUUUAGCCUGGGUUCCAGCCUGGCCAAGAGUGGCAGUUCUGUCCUACUGCUCGACCUCCGCAGACCACAGUGGGAGCUGUCCCCGGGGACCGAGUUCAUCCAGGCGGAUGUCCGUGAUGAAGAAGCCCUGUAUCGUGCCUUCGAAGGGGUGGACUGUGUCUUCCACGUGGCAUCCUAUGGAAUGUCCGGUGCUGAGAAGCUGCAAAAAGAGCAGAUUGAGUCUAUAAAUGUUGGAGGCACCAAACUAGUGAUCAAUGUCUGUGUCCGUCGGCGGGUCCCAAGGCUCAUCUACACCAGCACGGUCAAUGUUGUGUUCGGCGGGAAGCCCAUAGAAGAGGGUGAUGAGGACUCUGUGCCAUAUUUCCCACUGGAGAAGCACGUGGACCACUACUCACGAACCAAAGCCAUCGCUGACCAGUUGACCCUCAUGGCCAAUGGAACACCUCUCCCAGGAGGAGGCACUCUGCGGACGUGUGUGCUCCGGCCCCCAGGGAUCUAUGGCCCUGAAGAGCAGAGGCACCUGCCCCGCGUGGCGAGCCACAUCAAGAAGAGGCUAUUCAUGUUCCGAUUUGGGAACCGCAGGACGCGGAUGAACUGGGUCCACGUGCACAAUCUGGUGCAGGCACACGUGCUGGCGGCUGAGGCCCUCACCGCGGCCAAGGGCUACGUGGCCAGUGGCCAGGCAUACUACAUCAAUGAUGGGGAGAGUGUCAACCUCUUCGAAUGGAUGGCCCCGCUGUUUGAGAAGCUAGGGUACAGUCAGCCCUGGAUCCAGGUGCCUACUUCCUGGGUUUACCUAACAGCCGCAGUGCUGGAGUAUUUGCACCUGGCCCUGAGGCCCAUCUACGGCGUCCCCCCGCUGCUCACCCGGAGCGAGGUGCGCAGCGUGGCCGUGACGCACACCUUCCAGAUCGCCAAGGCCCGCGCGCAGCUGGGCUACGCGCCAGACAAGUUCCGCUUCGCCGACGUCGUGGAACAAUACGUGCGGUCCACGAGCCAGCGGCCCUGCGGCUGUUCGGCGCGGACGCUCCUACGGCUGCUGCUCGGGCUGCUGCUGCUGCUCGGGCUGCUCGCCCUGGCCCUGCACCUGCCAGGCCUGCAGCCGUACAUCGUCUGA